CUGAUGACGUUGUAUUUUGGUCAGUCACGAGUUGGGAAACAUUUCACCGACACAUCGCCACAGCGAGCAGAAGUAAUACUCCGACAUCUCACAGCAAACAUGGCACUAAAUCGAAAUCAUACUCAACAAGGUGGUGUUCUGAUCGACAACAGCGAAAGUGUGCUCAGGGACUGUAAGAAUGUGGAGCUCUCCUUCAGUGAUGUCACACAGAAGAGUGAUGUGUUCAAGGGAACCAAGAAGGGCUCUGUGUACCUCACACCGUACAGGAUGGUCUUUGUGAGCAGUCAUAUGAAGGAUAAGUUUGGCUCGUUUAUGUUCCCCUAUUACUUGAUGAAGAACUUCAGCAUUGAACAACCAGUUUUUGCUGCAAACUACAUCCAAGGAACCAUCAAAGCAGAGGCUGGCGGUGGUUGGGAGGGCCAAGCCUGCUUUAAGAUGUCUUUCCUCAGUGGCGGCGCUAUAGAAUUGGGUCAGCAUCUCUUCAAACUGGCCACCAAUGCGUCCCGUGCUCCUGCGCAGGGUGGAAUGGGUGCAUUUGGCUCUGCAGGCUUCAUGAAUGGCUACCCCAGCCCUGCCCCGCCCCCAGCCCCGCCCCACACCUUCCCUUAUGGGCCAGUACCCCAAAACCCUCCUCCACAGGCCUUCCCCUACGGGCCACAGACUCCCUACACCCCAUACCCUUACCCGCCUGCUGUCCCAGGCAUAUAUCCUACAGCUCCACCCUACAUGGCUCCACCUCCUCCUUACCCUGGAUCCCCCCAGAACUGGAACUCUCCUCCAGUUGCUCCAGGAAACUCUAAAGCAGCAGAAGCAGCUGGAAGUGCCUAUUACAACCCCACCCAACCGCACCAUGUCUACAUGCCAAUGGACCAGCCUCCUCCGUACUCUCCUCCUCAAAAUCAGUGUGACAAGAAGAACAACUGAGACCACAGCACAUUAUUAUUAUUAUUAUUAUUGUUAUUAUUAUUAUUAUUAUUUCUUUGAUAUAGUGGUUAUUUUGUUUGUGUUUCUGGCAAGUGUUUAGAAUGUUUCAUGUUUUACCACAACAGUCAUAUAUACUGUGUCAGUUAUCAACUGUGUCUCAUUCUUGUGUGUGUGUGUGUGUGUGUGUGUGUGUGUGUGUGCUGCCACUUUCCCUUUGUGUUGAUGUAUUUUAGCACUCUGUAUUACUCGUUUGUAGUUUGAUGGGGUGGGGAAGCAGACUAGUUUUCACAGCUUUUCUAACCAAUGAAAGAUCCUCUGAUGAAGAUUUAGUGUUUAAUCAUGGAGUGUAAGGGGGAGA